AUGAUUUCCCAGGCUGCACGGCGGCCAAUGGGCUGUCUCAAGACGGCCCUGCGGCACUCGCGCCAACAAAAGGCUCUGCUGCUUCGCUCCAUGGCGACCGAGACGGCGACGCCAUCCUCGUCAUCACAGCUCCCCGACUCUACGUCCACGAUACCCCCGCCGCCGCCGCCGACGACGGGCCUGCCGCUCAGCAAGCUCAAGUUCCACACAAUCAAGACCAACAACCCGGAGAAGCCCAUCCGCACCGCCUUCGCCGUCUACCCGCGCGUCCCGUCGACCCGGUCCACGAACCCGGCCGCCCUCGAGGCCUACCACGCGCAGCAGAUCCGGCGCCUGGACCGCACGGGCGCCCGCACCGCGCUCUUCAGCAAGACGUCCAAGGACUCGGUCCGCCCGGGCGACGUGCUCCAGGUCAGCACGAACCGGGGGGAGCCCUUUGCGGGCGUCGUCAUGUCGGUCAAGCGCGCCGGCGUCGACACGGCCGUGCUGCUCCGCAACCACCUGACCAAGGUCGGCGUCGAGAUGUGGUUCAAGAUCUACAGCCCCAGCGUCACGGGCAUCGACAUUGUCUGGAGGAAGCCCAGGCGCGCCCGGAGGGCUAGGCUGUACUACCUGCGCAAGCCGAAGCGCGACAUGGGCAACGUGGACCACCUCGUCGACGCCUGGCGCCGCAGCAGGAACGUCUUCAGCUCCAAGGGCAAGGGCUCGGCCACGCAGGGCCGGCCCGGCAAGCAUGCCAAGCUCGGUAAGAGGAGGUAG